CUCAAAUCCUUCUAGUUGACAAUUGACAUAAAUGUCGUGACAUCACCGCAACAACUGUCAAUUGUGUUGGCUGUUUUUUCUAGUUUAGUUAAAAAUUCCUAUUAAAACCCUUUAAAUUUAUUAGUUUAAUAAUUUAAUCAGGAUGUUCAUCUGGGAUUGGUUUACUGGAGUUUUAGGAUACUUAGGUUUAUGGAAGAAAUCUGGCAAGCUCCUCUUCCUGGGUCUGGAUAAUGCCGGAAAGACAACACUGUUGCAUAUGCUCAAGGAUGAUCGGCUAGCUCAGCAUCUUCCAACGCUACAUCCUACAUCUGAAGAACUUUCGAUUGGCAACAUGAGAUUUACUACUUUUGAUUUGGGAGGCCACACACAAGCCAGAAGAGUAUGGAAAGAUUACUUCCCAGCAGUAGAUUCAAUAGUGUUCUUGGUAGACGCCUACGAUAGAUCUAGAUUUAAAGAAAGUAAACAAGAAUUGGACUCGUUACUCACAGACGAAAGUUUGGCAAAUUGUCCUGUUUUGAUUUUGGGAAAUAAAAUCGACUUGCCCGGCGCUGCUUCCGAAGACGAACUUAGGAAUUACUUUGCCUUGUAUCAACAAACAACAGGAAAGGGUAAAGUGCCAAGAGCAGAUCUUCCAGGACGCCCCCUGGAACUCUUUAUGUGCUCCAUUAAAAAAAGACAAGGUUACGGUGAAGGUUUUCGUUGGUUGGCACAGUAUAUUGACUGAGCCCAUACUACAUAAAAGUAAUUUUAAUUAACUUUUUUUGGUAACGGAGUAACGUGUCUAAGUCCAGAACCACCAGUGCGAAACUUUAUAGGUAAUUUUAUUUUUGGGAUUGUUUUGCAAAUAUUGAAUUUAACUGGUUUUUCAAUUAUUCAUUUAGCUAGGUAGCUAAAUUUGUUUUGGUGUUACAUGUUAUCUAUAAUGUUUCCUAAGGCAAUGUUCAAAAAAAAAAAAUAGGAAUAAUAAAUGUUUUUCAAUUUUUCCCCCAGUAUGUUCAAAAUGUAGUCCUUGUACAGAAAAAUCAAUUUUACAGAUUUUUAUUUUUUUAUUUAAAUCAAAAACUUCUGCACGAGUUUCUGCAAUUAUCAAGCGUUUUGUAGCUGUUGUGAUAUUUAUUUUCUGUGGUUUUUAUUCGUCAAAUAAUUGAAGACAGUCGUGCUUGAUAUUACUUUUUGUUUUUCUUUUUUUAGAAACACUUGUCAUAUUUUUUUUUGUUAAUAAAAAUUGCUUUCUAUAA